UGUCUCCUAAAUAUCCCACUUAUGUGAAGGAUGUACGUGACUCUUUCCAGAAGACGUCGCAGAUGUUCCUGACACCUUUCCGACACCCGCGGAUGAUAUUAGCGCCACCUCGAUUUACGACUUUGUUGUUAUCUCCGUGUUUUGGACUAUAUAAGCCUGAUGUUUUUUCCUGCUCCGUUCAGCAACGUGUUGCCAAUCAAUCACCAGGAAGAAGAGCUUUACUGUGGAUGAGAUCAAACACACCUGGAAGCAGCUCCAAAGGUCAGUUUGCAGCCAAUAAUCGAGCCACGCUGCGGGUCUGAAGCGACACCGUGUUGACUUUACAGUUACAUUUUACGUUCAGAAUGAGCAUGAAGCCGCUUUGUGUGAAGCUGUCGGUCCAGCCGUCCAGAGGGCUUGUGGAUGAGAAGUUCACCAUCUUGGUCCAGAACCUCCUCCCUGGGUUCCAGCUGACCAUCCACGCCCUCCACCAGUGUGAAGACGGACACAGCUGGGAGGCUUUUGCUCACUACACUGCCGACGCCACCGGGACUGUGAACGUUUCAGAGGAUCCCAGUCUGGACGGGACAUAUUCUGGGGUUGAACAGAUGGGUCUGCUGUGGAGUCUCAGACCAGUUCCAGGCAGCAAAUAUGGGCUCCGAAUGAGAAAGAUGAACGUCCAGACUCCCAUGGUGGUCACGAUCUCGGUGUACCAGGGUCACCGGACGGAGGGCUUCUUGGAUCAGGUGCUGCUGGCCAGUGUGAUGGUAGAGCGAUGGUACAUGGCGCCCGGCGUUCAAAGAGUCCCGAUAACAGACGGCAAACUCACUGCGACCCUCUUCCUGCCCUCAGGACCUGGACCUUUCCCCGGACUCUUGGACCUUUGGGGGGGCGGAGGGAAGUUGGUGGAGUACCGGGCAGCGCUGCUGGCCUCCCAUGGCAUCGCCUCGAUGGCCCUCGACUACCUCACACCUCAAAUCACUAAGGAAACUGGGAAAAUGGUGGACAAUGAUUACUUUGAGACGGCCUAUAGAGUUCUGGAGCAACACCCUCAGAUCCUCGGCAGCAGGAUCGCAAUGUUGGGUCUUUCUUUUGGCUCCACUGUCACUCUCAGAAUGGCUGUUUACUCCCAGGUUGUAAAGCUCAGCUGUGCAGUGUGUAUCAGUGGGAGUCAUGUGCAGCCAAUUGGUGGAGGUCUUGAACAAAUACUGGCUUCCUUUAGCAAACACGCUUAUAAGACUCGGCUUGACGAGAAUAACCAAGUGAUCUGGAGAGAUUUGAUGCUGCCCAUCCCCACGGACCCCUCACUAAAAGUGGACAUGGGACGACUGCAGUGUCCUCUGCUGCUCGUUGUUGGUGAGGACGAUCAGAACUGGCCCACCCACGAGUCUGCAAUGGACGUGAAAGAGAUGAUGGACCAGGCGGGGAACAGCCACCUUCUGACUGUCCUCUCCUAUAAGAACGCCGGUCACCUGAUCGAACCUCCAUUCAUGCCAUUCGCCCGAGCCAGCACCUUCAAAACGAUCACUAACCCACCAACCAAGGUGAUGGUUCUGUGGGGCGGAGAGCUGGUGGCACAUUCUCGCGCUCAGGAAGACGCCUGGAGGAAGACGCUGGUCUUUCUGAGGGAGAAUCUGUACGGCGGCAUGAAACAUGGUGCUUCAUUUUCCAACUUGUAACCAAGACCAUCCAUCCAUCUUAUCCUACUCAUAGGUGGUCGGGUCGCGGGGGUAGCAGUUCCAGCAGAGAGCCCCAAACUUCCCUUUCCCUGUAACCAAGACAACAACUAAUAAUCACACUAACUGGGACUUCUGGCGCCUUGGAUUCAGGAAGUACCAGUCCGCUCUAUUUUUUAACUCAUGCUUAAUCAUGAUGGGGGGAAUUCAUGUUUUUCUUACAGCAAAACACAGCUCAUAUAUCUCAGUCACCGUGGUGGCCAUAGAAACAGACUCCAUGCCUGCAUUUGUUUUUCAUGCCAGAAAAGUGACCUUUAAUUGUAAUUAUUAUUCUUUAUAAUCAAGUUGAUUACAGCUUACUGGUUGAAUCAGUACAAUGUAUUAAUAACUUGUGGUAAUAUUUAAGUUUAUUUAUAUAGCCAGUGGGUGAUUUUAGGGUGGAUUCCAUCACCCUUGUUCAAAUAGAGUCCAAAAUACAACCUCCAUUAUAGAGAGAGUAGGGGCAGAGGGGGACUCUAGUUUAAUAUAUGUUAAUCUACCUGACUCAUUAAUCCUCUCUGACAUUUUAAUUUACUGUUUUGCAUGAACACGUCGUAAAAUCCAGAUAAUGAUUAGCCAUUGUUGGAAUUUCUGUAUUUUCGAGAAGUUAUUUUCUGUUUUGCCUCGUUCGGACCAAGAGUAAAAUAAAAAUAUUUUCUGUUUUAAAA